AUGAAUAGUGUAAUCGAGGCGCUGCACAUCUACGAUGAGCACAAACGCGCCAUUCUCUCCCACACCUAUACCUCUCGACCGCUCUCUGCCGCUCAUCUUCUACCUCUGUAUCUUGAACAUCCAGCACCACGGCCGAGCUUAAUCUACUUAUCCAAUACCAACCCACCUACCCUUGUAUUUAGCCUCGACCAUGCGGACCUUCUCUAUCUGGCAACUACAUCUUCCGAUAUCGAGCCUCUAUUAGUUCUCGAGUUUCUUCACCGUGUGAUCGAUGCCUUGGAAGAAUUUCUCGGUGCACCAAUUCUCGCGCAUAAGAUCGAAGCAAACUACGAUGUCGUCGCCCAACUUCUUACUGAGAUGUGCGACGCCGGCACUAUUAGCACCACCGAGCCGAAUGCCUUGAGAGAUGUCAUAGAAGUGGAGGGCCUUCUGGGGAAGCUAUUAGGAAGCAUCAAUUUACCUACUAAACCUCUUGCUACCUCUGGUACUUCUUCUUCUCUAAUUGCCCAAAAUGGCCCGUCCUUACCAUGGAGACGAGCCAAUGUACGUCACACGUCCAACGAGCUAUACGCAGAUGUUGUCGAGACAUUAUCGGUUACACUGGCGCCCUCCGGCCGACCCAUUGCGGCUUUUGCAAAUGGCACCAUAGCUUUCACGUCUAAGGUAUCUGGUGUCCCAGAUAUAGCCGUAAACCUCAACGGGCCAUCUGGGAAGCAUAAUCUAAAGAGCAUUAUGGAGUUACCAGUAUUCCAUCCUUGCGUCCGGUUGAGUCGCUGGAAAGAUAGUCCGGGAGAGCUCAGCUUCAUACCUCCAGACGGACGGUUUAUUCUGGCCGGUUAUGAAGUUGAUCUCCUCCCUUUCACCAAUGGCAAGAGUAGCAGCAUGAACCACAAUCUGAAAUUACCCCUGAGUAUUGAGGUGAAGACGGGGCUUGGCUCAGUGGGCUCCGAUUUUGAAGUCCGCCUGAACAUAAAUAAGAUAUUCGGUCCCACUAGCCAGUCCAUAGCUGGGCCUUCCGCUAGAGGAGGCGGGGGCGGUGGAAGGGGUUUUGGUGGACCACAUGCUGGCACUGCGGCAUCUCCUUCACUCCAGGAUGUUGUGGUGUCCGUGCCGCUUCCGUCGGACGUCAGAAACCUAUCAGAUGUGCGGCCUAGUAGAGGAGAUGCCAGCUAUAGCCCUGCAGACCGCAUCUUGGAAUGGCAUAUACCAGCCAAGGAGCUCUCGGCAGGCAUGUCGUAUUUUAGCCUCCGGUGUACGGUUGCAGGGCCCCUGGCGGAUGACGCUGUCGAAGAAGAUCCGAGUGGAUUCGGGUUUGGUAAAGACUACGCUUACGAUGAGCCAUACCAGGGCUCCAUAGCACAUCACAAAUCAAAGGAACAAAUGAAGGGAUCCGAAGAAGAGCGAGACCUAAGAAAAGUGGCACAAAAUAAGAUUUUGAUGCCUAGUUCCGCGUCAGUCAGUUUUUCUGUCAAGGGCUGGACUCCCAGUGGGAUCAGGGUUGAGAGCAUUGUUGUUGACCCUAGGAAAAGCCGCGGUCUAGGAGAAGGAAUUAAACCGUACAAGGGUGUCAAGUAUCUCACUAUAAGCAAAGGAGGCCUGGUGAUGAGUACGCUUGUGUCUCCGCUCUGUUGUUCGCCCGCCCGAACAGCUGUGACCUCCGUCAGCGUUCGGGCCCUAUCUCUUCGUUCGUCAGCAGCUCUGCCUUGUGCCCCAGCAUCCAUUCGAAUACAACAUCAACCUGGGUGUCGGCGACAUGGCUCCACAGCAAGUAGCCGGCGGCCGCGGACGGCCAUCUUUUUCCCAGGCCAAGGUGUUCAGAAGGUCGGCAUGUUAACGCCAUGGCUGGAAGCGUUUCCACGCUCUGCCUCCAUCAUUCUUGAAGAGAUCGAUUCCUAUAUGGGUUACAAGCUUUCGGAUGUAAUACAAAACGGGACGAACCGAACGCUGACUCUAACGCCAAAUGCGCAACCUGCCAUAAUGGCUACCUCGAUUCUAAUAUUGCGGAUUUUAGAGCGGGAAUGCGGAUUCAAGGCCAUAGAACGAGUAGACGUAUCGCUCGGCCAUUCAUUAGGCGAAUUUGCAGCACUGGUGGCGGCAGGGGUUCUGGAGUUCGAGGAUGCGCUAUACAUGGUGCGCCGGCGUGCUGAUUCCAUGGCAGAGGCCACACAAAAAGCCCGCGAGAAGUAUGGCGGCGAAUACGGAAUGGUAGCGGUUGUCACCGAACCCGAAUAUCUCUCUACUCUGGUUGAGGCUAUCGAUGACUUCGUGGGAUAUCGGAGCGCGGGCACACGCAGCGAGAGCGCAGACUCGCGAAAACCGAUUGACCAGGUCCUCAUUGCGAACAUAAAUAGUAAGAACCAGAUCGUGCUCAGCGGCUCGCUACACAAGAUCAAGGAGUUAAUCGCGCAUGUGCGACAAUUCUUGGGCCAUGAUCCUCGGGCCGUUCAGCUUAAUAGCGACAGUCCUUUUCAUAGUCCUAUUAUGUGGCCGGCGUACUAUGUCAUGCGCGACCUUGUUUCAGGCAAGAGUCGUGUUAAGGGUCGAGAGGAUAAGGAUAUCAUAUCAUUCCCCGGGACUAUGGAGUGCAUCAGCAAUGUCACUGCGAGACCUUUCGCGAGUGCGUCCGACGUCCAGGAGCUGCUGGCUCGACAGUGUCUUGAGACGGUAAGAUGGUGGGAUAGUAUCAAGUAUCUAGACCAAGAGCAGAAGGUCCGGAGGUGGAUCGGUAUAGGACCUGGAAAAGUCGGCAGAAACCUUGUCGGAAAAGAGGUUGGCAUGCGUGGUGUAGAUACAGUUAAAGGGGGUGGUGUAUUUGCGAUUACGGACCCGGUCGAGAUAGACGAGGUCUUGAAGGGGCUGGAGAAAACAGAGUUCUUGAGCGAGGAGGAGGAGUAG